AUGUUAAGGGCCCGACAUAGACUUCUGUGCUUCUGGCCAUGCUGUUACCGGACACAAACGGAGUUGGGUCUCCACGGGCACAUGCGGCGCCCACUGCAUCAGAAACCGCUUCACCCAGAGUGGGCUGCGAUGGCCAAAAAGCAGCUCAAGGGCAAGAACCCAGAGGAGUUGAUGUGGCACACGCCGGAGGGGAUUUCCAUCAAACCGCUCUACUCUACACAGGACACAGAGGGCUUUCCCGAGGAACUACCUGGGGUCAGACCCUUCACUCGUGGUCCCUAUCCCACCAUGUACACCUAUAGGCCCUGGACCAUCCGCCAGUAUGCUGGUUUCAGUACUGUGGAGGAGAGCAACAGAUUCUACAAGGAUAACAUCAAGGCUGGACAACAGGGCUUAUCGGUGGCUUUUGACCUGGCAACCCACCGAGGGUACGAUUCAGACAACCCCCGAGUUCGUGGCGAUGUCGGAAUGGCCGGGGUUGCCAUUGAUACGGUGGAAGAUACCAAGAUUCUUUUUGACGGCAUCCCUUUGGAGAAGAUGUCUGUUUCGAUGACAAUGAAUGGGGCAGUCAUUCCCGUCCUGGCUACGUUCAUCGUAACGGGGGAGGAACAGGGAGUGCCCCAAUCCAAGCUGACGGGGACAAUACAGAACGAUAUACUGAAAGAAUUCAUGGUCCGCAAUACGUACAUUUUCCCCCCAGAGCCAUCAAUGCGGAUCAUUGCCGACAUCUUCCAAUACACGUCAAAGCACAUGCCCAAGUUCAAUUCUAUUUCCAUCAGCGGAUACCACAUGCAGGAAGCAGGAGCGGAUGCCAUUUUGGAAUUAGCUUAUACUAUAGCCGAUGGUCUGGAGUACUGCAGGACUGGACUUCAGGCUGGCCUUUCCAUUGAUGAAUUUGCGCCAAGGCUGUCUUUCUUCUGGGGAAUUGGUAUGAACUUCUACAUGGAAAUAGCUAAACUGAGAGCCGGGAGGCGGCUUUGGGCUCACUUAAUAGAGAGGAUGUUUCAGCCCAAGGACACCAAAUCUCUCCUCCUUAGAGCUCAUUGUCAGACUUCCGGAUGGUCACUGACCGAGCAGGACCCUUACAAUAAUAUCAUCCGUACUACAGUUGAGGCGAUGGCUGCCGUGUUUGGAGGGACUCAGUCCUUACAUACGAAUUCAUUCGAUGAAGCCUUAGGAUUGCCAACCGUGAAAAGUGCUCGAAUUGCCCGCAAUACCCAGAUUAUUAUCCAGGAGGAGUCUGGCAUUCCGAAAGUGGCCGACCCGUGGGGUGGUUCGUUUCUGAUGGAGUCUCUCACUAACGACGUGUAUGACGCCUCUUUAAAGCUUAUUAACGAGAUUGAGGAAAUGGGCGGGAUGGCCAAAGCUGUCGCUGAAGGCAUACCGAAACUGCGGAUCGAAGAGUGCGCUGCUCGAAGACAAGCCCGGAUCGAUUCUGGUGCCGAAGUAAUUGUUGGUGUAAAUAAGUACCAGUUGGAAAAAGAAGAGACAGUUGAAGUUUUGGCAAUUGACAACACUUCAGUCCGUAACAAACAAAUUGAGAAACUUAAAAAGGUAAAGGCUUGCAGAGACAACGCGGCCGCUCAGGCUCGCCUCGCGGCCCUGACGGAGUGUGCUGCCACAGGGCAAGGCAAUCUGUUGGCCUUGGCCGUGGAAGCGGCACAGGCAAGAUGCACAGUUGGUGAAAUAACAGAUGCCAUGAAAAAGGUGUUCGGUGAGCACAAAGCCAAUGACCGCAUGGUGAGCGGAGCUUACCGUCAGGAGUUUGGGGAGAGCAAGGAAAUUACUCAUGCUAUCAAUCGAGUUAACCACUUCAUGGAGCGUGAAGGACGGAGGCCACGUCUUCUGGUUGCUAAAAUGGGCCAAGACGGCCAUGACAGAGGAGCCAAAGUGAUUGCCACGGGGUUUGCUGACCUGGGAUUCGAUGUAGAUAUAAGUCCUCUAUUCCAGACACCCCGCGAAGUAGCCCAGCAGGCUGUGGAUGCCGACGUGCACUGUGUGGGCGUGAGCACACUUGCCGCUGGCCACAAGACUCUAGUUCCUGAACUCAUCAAAGAGCUGAACGCCCUUGGCCGCCCGGACAUCCUUGUCAUGUGUGGGGGUGUCAUCCCUCCUCAGGAUUAUGAAUUCCUGUAUGAUGCUGGUGUUUCCAACAUAUUUGGCCCAGGAACCCGAAUUCCAAAGGCAGCAGUGCAGGUCCUUGAUGACAUCGAGAAGUGCUUGGAUAAAAGGCAGCAGUCUUUGUAAACCUCU